GUCACUUCAGAUGACUCUAGACUCUACGGAGCCUGGAGAUUUCCACAUAUUAGUCUCUAGGGUGGAGUGGGGUGCCAGUCUAGCCAAGAAGUUACCUAGACUGAACACCCCUGUACCUAAGGUUCGGUACACUCACACUAACACUGAUGAGUGUACAACGGAGAGCGAGUGUCUGAAGAGAGUUAGAGAUAUACAGAGGAACCAUAUGUACAAGGGCUACAAUGACAUCAUGUACAAUUUCUUGGUUGGAGGAGACGGACGAAUAUACGAAGGAAGAGGAUGGUAUUAUGAAUCAGAGUUACCUAUAAGCUACAAGAAUGAUAAAAUACAAUCUGUAGAUUUUGGGUUCAUCGGUAAAUACAUGGGUGAGAAGACUGCAAGCCAAAAAAUGAUAGAUGCUGCACAAGGAUUGGUGAGUUGGGGAAUAAAGCGGAAAAUGUUCAAACUUCCUUUCGAUGUGGAGGAGUUUUAUGAAGACUUCUGAAUACAUCUAAAGCUAUUGCAGAUGUUAACUAAAUUCUAAA